AUGAACUAUCGAUACAAGGUUUUUGGAAGUAUCAGAGGCACCUCUCAUAUGCAUGUUCAUUUGGUUUUGAAACCUCGUGCACGACCUUUGCAUGCAUUCCGGACAAGAGUAGAGCUGGUGAGCGCUCUUCGGGACAUCGUCAAAAUUCAACAGACAGCGGUCGAGGAACGUGGAAUUCUUCACCGUGAUUGUAGUGUCAAUAAUGCUAUGAUUGAGGAUGAUGGCAAUGGUACCAACGGACUCCUGAUUGAUUGGGAAUUCACGGUGCAUAUCCAUGCUGGCCAAAAAUACGUUAUCGGUGGGACGGGCACAUUGCCUUUCAUGUCACGUUCACUUCUGUGGCAGCUUUCAGAGGCUGUUGGCGACCCUGCAACAUCUGCUUGCAGCUGGAAGGUGAAGGUUGCCACGUCUUCCCUUACAAAACCGCCCCCCCUCAUCCUACAUCACUACCAUGAUGAUUUGGAGUCGCUUUUUUACGUCUUGGUGUGCAUCUGCAUUGAAUUCAGGGGUCCUCUUGGAGUUAGACGUGAUCUCUCAGCUGAUAGGAGUCAAGAAUGGCUACCGCAUCUAUGGUCCACCAGCACGUUACAAGUUGGUGGCGAUGUGAAGACUUCGUUUUUUUUUCACCCAAACGCGCACAAACUGCAGAAACAAUUCCACCCCUACUUCAAGACACUACUCCCACUCGCAACGGAAUGGUACCACCUGAUCAGGAACAAAGGACAGUCAAAUGCAGUAACUUUCCAGGAGGUCCUCGAUCUGUUGGAUACACAUCUUGCCAAGCUUCCGAAGGACGAGCCUUCCCCCGAGCUUCUGUUCGCAAGGAAGGUUAUUGCAGCGCUGCCGAAAAAGAGACAGGCCAGUGACUUUGAGGAGGGUGAUCGGGUUGAUCAUCAUCUCGACCAACCAUCCCAACCAUCAAUUACUGAACGUCCUAACCAGAUUCCUGGUCGGAUGGGCUGGACAAUGGAAGUUAUGCCCCAGUCCAAACGUAACAGAACUACAUAA